UUUAACUACUGGUUUCAAAAACCCUCCGCGGAGCAUUAAACGCGCUCCUUCCCCCGGCGUCGGCCCUCCCGGCGUCUCUUCUCCAUCCGCGCCAUCUUGACAACCCUCGGCAUCGCGAGCCCUCCGUAUUAGCGUAGUAUGGCUCUCGACCACAUUCAUCCAUCCCAGACGCGCUUUUCCUGUGAGCUCUGCAGGAGGCAAAAAGCAAAAUGCCAACGCAUACGACGAAACGAUCCGAAAUGCGCACGUUGUACGAUUCUUCGUGUAGAAUGUACUCCCGGGCAACAGAGGAAAGUCGGCAGACCGAAACAAAGGGCAGAUUCCAGCAAAGGUGUUUCUACGAUUCCAGGUUCUGAGUCCAGCUCAAUCAUCAAACAACCUUUGCACCGACGGCUCAAUCGACAGAAGCAGCAGAUUGCGCGAAACACUCUAGGCACAACUCGAGAUUUGCCACCUUUCAUGAAUGGUCCAACACCAAUGCUGAUAACAGCGGCGCCCAAUACAUUCAUUCCGCCACCGGCUUGGCCAACAGUUGGAAUAGUUCAAAUGCACCAGAACACGCCUACAUGGAACUUUACAAACAUUAUAAAUGAUGACUUUCCCUUGGCUAACUUCGACUCGACCUUCGGCUUCGCAACUGCACAUGCUCCCUCACUCGACAAGGCCGCUAACGAAAUCCCCUACGCCUCGGCGACCCCUGUGAUACCAGGACUCGAAGGAGCAGGAGACAACAUCGAGACUUCAGAGACUCUAGCCACGCUUUCUAAGAUCAACCUCGAAUUGCACGUUCGUGUCGCGGCUGCCGAAAUAAACAAAACGAUCCUAGACUUUAAUAGCCUUAUCUACCAAAAUAGCCCAUUGUUUAUCGACAAAUACACACUAGCUGUGUUCACACUCAAGGCAUCACAAGACUUUGUGCAGAUACUGAUGCAGCUUCUUAACAGCAGGCAAUGCCAUGAGCUACCGUCUACCUCGCAGAAGCCAGGCAGCCUCUACCCGGAGUCGAUGACGCUGCAAUUGCAACCCUACUUGGAUAAUGUCCUCGAUUCUAACCCAACCUCUUCUCCACCCUACUUCUCUGCAGCAUUGCAGCCAAUGUUAGCUCCACUCUCUUUGACCAUCAUAAGCAUCUUCACGCAGCUGAUUUCGGUCUACGGGUUAUUUCUUGAGCACUUCUCUACGCGCAUCGAGCGGUUCUCCACUGAUCCCAUCGCCCCUAUCCCAGGUAUUAUGUUUGGAGGGUUACCCCUAGAUACCCCAUGCAUGCAGGGCAUGCUCUUCUUCAACGGCGUCAUUCAUCUCCUGGAAACCAUGGAGUGGGCACUAGGCAUCAGCGAGCGUGAAGAUGGCACAGUGGGCUUGCUGUCAGAUCGACAGGUCGAGAUACUUUGGCGUGAGCUAGAUGGGGGACUUGCCAUCACGCCUGGUGGUGGCACCAUGCGGCCCGCUGAUGUGAGGAAGCUGCUUGGGAAAAUGGCCAUGAUACUGAAUCGACUUUCUGUGGUACAUCAACCGCAACAUGUAUAAUCCUGCGGCACAGUAGCCAUCAGGACGUUUAAAUGCCUUAUUCGUAAGCGUCAUUUGGAGCAGGAUUGAUUCCAUCGGCACGUCUAUACGCCAUUUGUGCAUUUUAGCAUUCCUGACUUGAGAUAUGGUGAUUAAUAAACACACCACUUGGCUCGCCAAUUGAUUACUAGAGGUUUGAUUACUGAUCAAGUUUUCUACGAACGCUUCAUGGCCCGUCCGGCCUUAGUAAAUUAAGAGGCAAUCAAUCAAUCAAUCCAAUGUAGAUAGCCAUGAUGUAACUAGCCAAAGUUAAUAACCUAUAGGCCAAUGGAUACCUAUUCUGAAAUUUGCGGACUCGGG